CCUGCUGCCUCCAGUCCGUAACAGUUGCUUCCUACUGAGUUUCCAGUCAAGUCUUGUCGAGGAUGAAGUCUUCAGUCACUAUAGUUUUUAUGAUAGGAGUCAUACAAAUUGGACAAACAGUUGCGGCUUGUAAGAAAGAUUUAUCUGAAGACCUGCUGGACCUGUUAAUCAAAUGUCGAAACCAAAAGACUGAAAUUGACGGGCUAACAAGGAAAACCCGCCCUGCAUUUACUGCAUCACUGACUGCUAAAAAAGCUCUUGCAGCAAAUCAAGUUAUGAUAUUUGACAAAGUCUGGCUGAACACUGGAGAUAUUUAUAAUCCUUCAACAGGCGUUUUCACUGUACCAAUGAAUGGUUUAUAUUUGGUGUCAAGUUCUAUGAUGUCUGACAAAAGAACACAUCUACACUGUCACUUGUGGAGGAAUGCUCAGCCAAAUGUUGGAGUGUUUGGUACAGGAUAUUCGCAAGGUACUUUGAAUGCUGUAAUGGACUUGAAGAAAGGAGAACACCUGACAAUACGCCAUCACAAUGGAGGUGUUGAGAAUGCAUAUGGUUACCACUGGUCAAUGUUCUCAGCUUACCUUAUAUCUGAAUGAAAUAAAUAAUUUAUACCUUACUAUACAUCGUA